ACCGCAAAACAUUCGAUUUCUUACAUAGUUUUGACUAACCGUUUCAGUAGACUUCGACACGCGAACAAACAAACAUUAUAAAACUAUAUUUAAGUGUAAACAAUAAUAAAUAAUGGCAGGGGAAACGGAGAAAAUUGAAAAUAGUGACGCUAGUGAAAAUCCUACAGUGAAUAUUGAAGAUAUAGUUUAUAUCGGACAAAAUGCACCUACGGAAAUUGUUAGCGACGAUGUCAAAGGGCUGGAUGCAAACAGGUAUGCGACAAAGAAGACGGUGGCGCAGGGCAUGCUGGACAUCGCCCUGCUCACUUCGAACGCAUCUCAGUUGAAGUACGUGCUGCAAGUCGGGCCCAAACAUGAGUUCUACACUCUACUCGUUGUACUUAUUUCCAUAUCAAUCGUCCUUCAGGUGGUAUCAGCCUUAGUGGCGCUAGUGUUAGGCUGCAUUUACAAUAUAAACCAUCAACCUGACCAUCGCGUUGCUGAGAUAUUAAACAACAUUACAUUGGGUUUCAAAUCCGUCGGCAUCGCCCUGAAUAUAUUGAUCAGUGUGCUUUAUUCCUCUGAAGUUGAUGAUAUUAUAGUGUAAUUUAAUAUUUUAUAUAUGUUUACGUUUAUUAUUUAUUGUUUACCUUAUUUUUGUAUCUAAAUAUAUUUAUUUAUAUAUGUAACAGCCUCAGUGGUCUGGCGUUUCAGCACCGUCUUACUUCCGAUGGUUGCGGGUUUGAUUCUUGAACGGUACAAAUAUUUAAAUCCAUAUGACUGUUUGUAUUGUGCUGUUCUAUUAAUGUAUAUUAUUUUUAAAAUUUGUUUUGAUAUUUCUAUUAUUAUUAUUAUACUCCAACCUACCUAAUACUAAAUAAUAAUUCGAUUUUUUGUCCACUAUUUUAUAUUAGAUAAGUAUAAGUGUAAUAUAAAUACUUUAUUAUAUUGGUCAUGUUAAUUACCUCAAUAUAUUUUGCCAGUACGGUCAACACGGCAGUGACAGAACGGUUUUCAAUUUUAUUACUAACUUAAAUUUUAGAAUCACAAUGUCUAUACCAUGUGCGCUGUUGCAUGAUGAGGGUGACAAUUUCGUUUCACACAUGAAAGUUGCCGCGAUUUACAAAUUAUGAUUUAAUAUAUCAGCUGUACCACAUUCGUGAUAUAUUAAAUCUUUGUAGUAACUUAAAUUUAGCAACUGUUAAAUAAAGCAACUGUCAUCCGCACCAUGCUACAGCGCACAUAGUAUACCUAAACAUACGAUAUUACUAAUUCCAGUAACAUUGUAAGUAGUUGUUUUAAUAUUAUUUUUGUUUUAUUAGAUACUUCUUAUAGUAGGUAAAAUGUUAACUCUUUCAUCGGUAGGUCGGUGUUAUUAUUUCUUUAUUAGGUCCUCACGUACAUUAAGUCGUUUUGGUACUCAAGGGAUGAUAAUGGAAUUGUGCAUUCCCUUGCGCUAACGGUAUACGCUGGUGUGGAGUGGAGUAGAAUAAGAUGAGUAUGUGGUCAAGUCAGUUAGCACAUCCUGGCAAAUUCAGCAGAAAUUUAACGUGAAAGUUUCCAGAGGGGACCGCGUGGAGGUCAACCUGAUAUGAUACAUUACUAGCAAUGAGAUUAUUAACGCAGAUUACUAACAAUCCCCUUCCCCCUUUCUUUUGGUACUGGUGGACUCAUAUUUCAUGUAUAUUGAGGUAAUUGUAAAGGACAGUUUGUACGUUCAGUAUCCACUAAGUUAGCAAUUAGAAUAAGUAAUGAGAAAAUAAUAGGGCUAACAAUUUAUACAUAGAUACAUGUAUCACUUAGUACCUAAGUAUGUAAGUUAAUUUAUAAGACUAAUUAUUCUAUUAA